AAUCACAUCAAAAUUAGUUGUAGGCCAUCAGGACAACACUGGUGACCAGGAAAAACCUGUGGAAGGUUUUCCGUGGCUACAUCCACGAUCCAGUAUCCAGUAUCCACUCUCUCUUUACUUCUCCUAGCGAUAAGACUCACGAGAAUCCUCCGGACAUUUUUCCGCAUAUAAUAGCCUAUAGGACUUUAUCUUAAAAUGUUGAAAAAUACGAAGAAAUAAAUCUGAUCGAUACUGGGAAUCGAUCUCGGGUCUGUUUUUGAUCCUAGGGGUAUCGUCAGAGAGCAGACUAGUUUUGGUUUUAACGGAAAAAUCUUUAUCAACAGAAAUCCAACUGGAAUUAAUUUUCUAUUAUGAAAAAUUGUUUUUUAAACCCUACACCGAGCAUCCGCAUUUGAUAAAAGGUUUUUAAAAUAAUUUUUUAUUCAAUAUGGAUCAAAACGAAAAUGUCAACCCUUCAUAUUUAAUACCUGUUAGCUCAAAAUCAAAGGACCAAGUAGGUGAUGCGAUGGCUAGUAAAGCAGAGGAAUGGGAAGAUAACAAAAUUAAAGUUUAUCUCCGGAUAAAACCGCGCAACAUAACAUGCAUCACUAAUGAAAUUAAUUCAGACAAAUAUGAAAUCAAUGGGACGUUUCUUGAAACAAAAUACUCACAGUGCAGAAAAGCAACGACUAACGUAUAUGAAUUUACUGAAAUAUUUCUUCCGACCACCUCACAAGAAGAGUUGUUUACAACCGCCGUUAAACAGGGUGCGAGUAAAUUUUUACAGGGUGAAAACACCCUCAUCUUUGGUUACGGGGCCUCCAGCUCUGGAAAAACGUUCACAAUGCAAGGCACCUCAUUGAAACCUGGAAUUAUUCCCAGAUUUCUAUAUACGAUUUUCACAAGCAUCAAAGGUCGGGAAGAUUAUUCGGGACGUUGCUAUCCUGAGAGCACAACAAAAGUGUUCGUCUUAAAUGAAAAACAGAUCGAGGCCAAUGAGCUCUACAAGAAUAAAAUACUGAGCACUAUGUCAAAACAAGCAGUGAAAAGCAAGCACAAGCUCCAAAGUCUUGAGGAUUCAAUUAGUACUAUGGACCAUAGUGACAUGGAAACCGUUUUAAGGGAGGUAGAGAAGCUCGAAAUUUCACCAAAUAAAAACAUCAUUUAUUCUGUAUGGAUAUCAUUUACAGAAAUAUAUUAUGAAAAUCUUUACGAUUUGCUUGUUGAUGCUAGUGAUCAACAGCCAUUGUUGUUAGCCGAGGAUACAGACAAGAGCGUCUGUGCAAAAGGAUUAAAAAGUGUCAAUGUUCAUUCAUGGGCAGAAGCGUACGAGUUGUACAGAUAUGGGAAAAAGAACCUGCACAUCUCUGAAACUGAAUUGAACAAGAAGUCAAGCCGUUCGCAUUGUAUAUUCACGAUAAAGUUGGUACUCAGAGAUCGUCAUGACUACAACACAUAUUACAAAAGUUCAAGUUUCACAAUUUGCGAUUUGGCUGGGAGUGAAAGACAGAAAAAAGCAAACUCAAGCAAGGCCGAAAUAGCAGUAGCAAACAGUAUUAACUCUUCACUUUUAGUACUGAACCGAUGUAUAGAAGCUAUAAGGAAAAAUCAACAAAUAAAGACUGCGUUGAGGGUACCAUUCAGAGAGUCUAAGCUGACGCGACUCUUUGAACGGUUGUUGGCCGGUGAGGGAAAUGUCAGCAUGAUCACCAACAUUUCUCAGGAUGAUAAGUUGUUCUUUGAAACACAACAAAUCUUAAAAAUGACCGCCAUUGCUGUAAAAACAAACACAAAAAAAUAUAAAGGGAACGUUCCAGUUGGUAUUGUAUCGAACUGCAUCUCUCCAUUAAAAAAAUUAUCACUUCUAGAAAAUAAAGAUUGUUUUUGUGAAAUGUGUGAUAAGUGCAGAGACGAAGAAUACUCAUUGAGGGAGAAAAUGAGUGCCGAGUUAACUGAAAUUAAAAACAAACUACAACAAGCAAAAGUGAUGAGGGUAAAGGCUGAAAAUAGGGCAGCCUUAGGAGGAGAUUUAUCCAAAAUGCACAAGGAUUUUUGUGAUCAAGUGGAUCAGCAGUGUAUGAGUUACCGACUGAGAACGAGCAAGGAAAUACUCGACACGGAGAAAUUGUUGUUAGUUGAGUACAAUUUGCAUGAAGAGGCUGCUGUAAAUAUGUCUAACGUAUUUCAAAUUGAAGAAUCAGUUGAUAGUAUACACAAAACAGUUAAACUAGCUCUGGAAAAGUUUUCAAAGCUGCAAGAUGAACUGGCAGCUCUGAAAGCUGAAAAAAACAGGCUUUUGGAAGAAAGAGAAGAGAAUGAAAUGGAAAACUGCAAGGAGGAAAAAAUCGAUGAGGGUUUUAACAAUUUUAAAAUAGCCGAUCUGUUAAACUUUCAAGGAACCCCCUGUAUAAAAAUCUCCGAAGAAACUGUUGUACAUAAUUGUGAACAUGGAACAGAAACGCCGGUAAGAGUGAUACCUACGUUGCAAGUAUGCCCGGCUACAGAAGAUAGAGAAUCAGAUUACAACAGGCCGAUGUCUACUGCCAAGAAAUCGAAAAAGAAGCUAAUGGCCAAAACGAUCGAUCAUUUAGGAGAUAGUUUUGAACCUCAAGAAGUGCCUCCUUUGACAUCGAUGGGAUCGGCUUUAUGA